CAGACACUCAACCAUCUCGUCUCCUCUUGUCUCGUAGGACCUUAGUCUCGCCGGACCUUAGAACAGAGAUCGGAGUGGGGCAUGUGACUCUCCUGGAACCCUGGACCCACAGAGCCUGAAGAUCCCAGAAGCCUUGGAGCAUGGCAAGUCUCGAGCAUCCUGGGAGCCCUGGCUGGACAGGACCCAUACACCAGUGCACACCAACAACCAGACAAGACGUACUGCCCUCCGGCCCAGACCUCCCAUGUUCAGGACCAGAAGAACACUUAGAAACCCAGGACGGUCCUAGCUCCAACUCCAGCAUGACCACCAGGGAGCUACAGGAACACUGGCAAAAGGAGAAGAGCCGCUGGCGACACGUCAAGCUGCUCUUUGAGAUCGCUUCAGCCCGCAUCGAGGAGAGGAGAGUCUCCAAGUUUGUGAUGUAUCAGGUCGUAGUCGUCCAGACAGGGAGCUUCGACAGCGACAUGGCGGUUGUGGAGCGGCGCUACUCGGACUUCGAGAGGCUGCACAAGGCCCUCCUGAAGCGCUUCGGGCCGGAGCUGGAGGACGUUGCCUUGCCGCGGAAGCGCCUGACGGGGAACCUGUCGGCCGAGACCAUCUGCGAGCGCCGCCUGGAGCUGCGCGACUACCUGCGGCUGCUGUACGCCGUGCGCGCCGUGCGCCGCUCGCGCGAGUUCGUCGACUUCCUGACGCGGCCCGAGCUGCGCGAGGCCUUCGGCUGCCUGCGCGCCGGCCAGUACGCACGCGCGCUCGACCUGCUGGGACGCGUGCUGCCGCUGCAGGAGAAGCUGACGGCGCACUGCCAGACCGCCGCGGUGCCCGCGCUCUGCGCCACGCUCGUCUGCCUGCGCGACCUGGAGCGGCCGGCCGAGGCCUUCGCGGUGGGCGAGCGCGCGCUGCAGCGCCUGCGGGCCCGCGAGAGCCACCGCUACUACGCGCCGCUGCUGGAUGCCAUGGUGCGCUUGGCCUACGCGCUGGGCAAAGACUUCGCGUCGCUGCAGGGCAGGCUGGAUGACAGCCAGCUCCGGAGUCCCACGCACAGGGGCUUCACCCUGAAGGAGCUCACGGUGCGAGAGUACCUGUCCUGAGCUGGCCUGGCUGGUGCCCUGGCAUCCAGACUGCGGACAAAGACCUGGGUCACUAUCGCUGGCUGGCUGCUUGGGGCUAUCGCGGGUGGGUUUUGCUGGACAACUUUAGACAAGAACCUCUUUACUAUGUCUGCUAAGCAGAGGGCUCCUGAGAUCCCUGGAAGAGUCAUCUUGUGCCCCUUGGGUGCAAGGUUCUUUGAACCCUGAGCCCACAGGCUUAGCUGUCAAAACUUUGCAAGUACUGUGGGCCUUACCAUCUGGGAAUGGGAUGAACUGCCUUCCGCAGAGAAUGAGUUCAAGGCCAGCCUUGAAUUUGGUGAGACUGUCGAGGCCAGCCUGGUCUACAAGAGCUAGUGCCAGGACAGGCUCCAAAGCUACAGAGAAACCCUGUCUCGAAAAAAAUAAAAAAAUAAAAUAAAAUAAAUAAAUACAGAGUUCUGAUGAUGGCUCAAUAGCCGAAUGCUUACCGAACAUAUGAGAUGCCUUCGUUUCAAUCCCCAAUACUACAAUAAAAGAAAAAGAAGCACUCGGUUUUUUUGUAAGCAGCCAGGGAAGAAGUUUGCAUGACGACCUCGUACCUCAUGGGACUAAUGAGCUGAGCUCAUGGAACAGUCUAGUGAAUGAGCCAAGAGACCAAGGCACCACACUGAUGUAUGAAGAGUUCUUCCAAGAUAGGAUUCACAAAACUGCACCCAAAUCUUGUUCAAUAUGGACGUCUUAUGGCAAGUACCACAAUGGGCCUGUGCAGGCCUUUAGAAUGAAGCAGAGAGAAAGUCUUCCUUCAAGCACUUUUUCCAGGAAGACACUGCAAGUGGAAAUACUGGACUUUGGGGAAAUUACUCAGUGGCAAAAUAAAAGCUGUGUCUGUUUGUCCUGGUGAUUCUGUAAGCUAUUUCUUCAAGUCUAAAAUGUACUCAAUAAAACACAACAGAGAAAACAGUGCCCUGUAUACAGAACUAAAUAGGAAUUUCUAGGGGAAAAAUAGCUGAGUAACCAAAGAACCAACCGGAUUCUCAUUGGAAGGCUCAACCAAUGUUGAGCCAAACUUCUGCUAUGGUUUGAAUGCCCCCACUCUGAACUCUAACUGUGAAAUAGUAAGAGGGUAGAAAUUGACGUGGUGGCGCAUGCCUGUAAUCCCCA